CCAAUUAACUAGCUAGGACUGCACUGAGAACAAUGCUGAGUGAGCUGUGGAACGUUGUGGUUGGGGAUAUUUUCUUAACCUAUCCAUACAGCAUCUUCUCCUGGACUGCUGUUGCUGGUGUGUCACUGUAUCUGAUCAAGAAAUACUUUGGAGGAGGCGUGUGCUACUCCAAAGCUAGACUGGAUGGGAAGACUGCCAUCAUCACUGGAGCCAACACUGGGAUUGGUCUAGAGACUGCUGUUGACUUUGCUCAGAGAAAUGGGAGAGUUAUCUUGGCCUGUCGUAGCAAGGACAAGGGAGAGGCUGCUGUGGAGCUAGUCAAGAAGAGAAGCAGAAACAAUGACGUGUUGUUCAUGCAAUUAGAUCUGUCUUCCCUGGAAUCUGUUCGAAACUUUAGUGCUCAUGUUCUAGACAGCGAGGCACACAUUGAUAUUCUUGUGAACAAUGCUGGCGUGAUGGCCUGCCCCUAUACGAAGACUGUGGAUGGUUUUGAGAUGCAGUUUGGUGUGAACCACCUCGGUCAUUUUUUGCUCACCAACCUUCUCCUCGAUCGAAUAAAGGAAGCCCCAUCUGCUCGAAUAGUCAACUUGUCAUCAAUGGGACACACUUGGGGAAAAAUCAAUUUUGACAAUUUGAAUUUGACUCAAAAUUAUUCUCCUUGGAUUGCGUAUUUCCAGAGCAAGCUUGCCAAUGUCCUGUUCACACGGUCGCUUGCUAAGAGGCUCCAAGGAACCAACGUCACCACCAACUCUGUUCAUCCUGGAGGAGUGCGUACUGAGCUGGGAAGACACAUGAACUUCUUGUUGUACUCUAUCGUUAUGUCAACGGUUUGGAUUACCCACAAGUCUCCAUGGCAAGGAGCCCAGACCUCCAUCUACUGUGCUGUGUCAGAAGACAUGGAGGGAGUCUCUGGUCAGUAUCUGGCUGACUGCAAGUUCAAGAAGCUGACCAACCCUCAGGCAACGGAUGACGCCAUUGCUAAGAGGCUAUGGGAAGUGAGCUCUGAGAUGGUGGGGCUCGACAAUUAAUUAGGGACAAUAAACAAAUUAGUAUUUAGAUCUAGCUGUGAACUACAUGUACAUGUAUAACCCUAUUGAGCACGAGAUGUAAUUCUUUAUUCCUGUAUUAAUUGUAUUGCUACAUUCAAUAUAAAUUAUAUCAAUGUUAAUCAAAGAA